AUGGACGACCGCUUCAAGCAGGAUGAGGAAGAGGAGGAGGUGGAAGGCCGUGGCAGCUCAGAGGAAGAGGAGAGCUCUGAUGAUGAUGAUAAGAGCUGGGUGCAGGAAGUGAGGGAGCAGCGCCGUCUUAUACGGGCGGAGGAGCGGGAGCGCACGUUCAACCAGAGGAAAGAGAGGAGGCAACAGGACCGAGAAACCAGCUUACAGAGCUCCGAUCCAGUCAGGAACCGCCAGCAGGAGCCUCUGAACCAGAGCCAGAACCAGCCCAGAUUCUACCAGAUCAAAGCAGGAGAGGCGUUCCGCAGCUUCGGUGACGCGGCCCGCAAGCAGAAGAUGCAGAAGACGUCUCUGGAGGAGCGACUCCAGCGGGAGCAGAGCUCAGGGAGGCUAAACUUCAAUGACACAGCAGUUGGAAGCAAACAGCUCACUUUCACUCUCAAGAAGACAGAGAGGCAACGAUUUCAACAGCAGGCUGAACGUGACCAUCAUGAGGAGAGGAGGAAGAUCAGAUGGGCGGCUGGACACUUACAUUCUCACAGGGGAGGACGAGGAAGAGGCGGAGGAAGAGGAAGGAGACCUUUUUAAACUCAGAACUAAUCGUGCUCAUGGACGUUGACAUGCAGGGCUUUUUAUACAGCCUUAAACCUGAUCACAGACAUCUGCAGGAAUUACUUUUGUGCUUCAAGAAACUGUUGUUACAGUUCCAGA